AUGCCUUCUCCAAGAUCACAAAUUCUUACGCAGGUCGCUGCUGAAACCUAUGAACCACUUCGGAGACUUCCCAUAGAGCUCCAGGCGAUGAUUUUCAAACUCGCUUUGCCAGGCCCUCGUAUCAUCACCAUCGCCGAGCAUGAUUAUCAGAUCCGUCAAGCCGAUCUUACGAUUAACCUCGAUCUGGAGCAAGGAACCCCUCAAAAAGAGACAUUGGAAGCCCACGAUCCUUUAACCGACGAUACCAUUCUUACAUUCAGAAGAGCCGUUGCUAUCCAGACUACCAGCGUUGUUACAUACUUGUCGAAUAGCAAGGAUAGUAGCCUUGAAACAUUACCAUAUGACGUACUGGAACCGAUGCAAAGGCGUGUCGAUUUGUAUCGAUUUUGA